AAAAUGAAGCUUAAAAGGUUUCUUCUGAGAUAUUAUCCUCCUGGCAUAAUUUUAGAGUACAUUCGCAGUAAUGGAGAAUAAGAAACGAAAUCUAUUGACUUGCUAAAUUUGAGCAAUGAGUAUAGUUUGAAGUCUAAAAUAAUAGUACAGAUGUAGAUCAAUUAGUUGAAGAAAUAGUAAUGGAAGAGCCAAUCAUUUCAGAAAGUCGCAAACCCUAAUUGGCAGCCUUAAUUAGAAGUAACACAAAAUCUAAGCUUUAUUAGAAUUAAUAGAAAAAAUUGAAUCAAAAAAAGAGCAAUAAUUUGAAUUAUUCAAAACUCUUAAGGCUCAUAUGUUGCCUCUGACAAAUUGUGCAUUUAAUAAAAAUGGAGACAAGUACUUACUUUGAGUUGAUAUAAAAUUAGGUUUAUUACAGGUAGCUAUGACAGAACAUGUAAAGUGUGGGAUACUUUUACAGGAGAGGAAAUAGUAUCUCUGGAAGGUCAUAAAAAUGUUGUUUAUUGUAUUGCAUUUAACAAUCCAUUUGGGUACUUAAGCUGAAAUAUAAAAAUAGUGAUCGGGUGGUAACAGGAUCAUUUGAUAAGACUGCAAAAAUAUGGGAUGCUAAUUCUGGCAAAUGUCUAUAGACUCUAGUAGGACACAAUUACGAAAUAGUGUGCACAUCUUUUGAUCCUCAUUCUUUAAUUGUGGCUACAGGAUCAAUGGAUAAAACUGCUAGAUUGUGGGAUGUAGAGAGUGGAAAGUAAAUAGCUAGACUAGAUGGACAUGAUGGAGAAAUUGUUAGUUUGCAUUUCAAUUCAGAUGGAGAUAAAUUAUUGACAGGUUCAUUUGAUAAAACUGCAAUGAUUUGGGAUGUCAGAUCAGGAGAGUGCAUUCAUAUGUUGGAUGAACACACAGGAGAAAUUUCAAGUACUUAAUUUGAGUUUACAGGUGAUUAUUGUGCUACUGGAUCUAUUGAUAAGUAAGUAGAUAUAUAUUUAAUUUAGGACUUGUAAAAUCUGGGAUAUCAAAACAGGUAAAUGCAUUGAAACUUUGAGAGGACACAAAGACGAAGUUUAAGACAUCUGCUUCAACUCCACAGGUUCAUCUAUAUCUUUAUUCUAGGCACUAGAUUAGUGACAGUUUCAGCAGAUGCCACUGGAAGAGUAUACAAUGUGCAUACUGGAGAAUGCAUAGCAUAAUUACUUGGUCACAAGGGAGAAAUAUCCAAGGUUCAAUUUAAUCCCUCUGGUAACAAGAUCAUUACUGCCAGUGCAGACAACACUGCAAGAAUAUUGUAUGAUUAUUAAUUUAUAAUUUGUUUAGUUCAGAAACUGGUGAAUGUUUAUAAAUACUUGAGGGACACACAGAUGAAAUAUUUAGUUGCUCAUUUAAUUAUGAAGGAGACAUCAUCAUUACUGGGUCUAAAGAUAAUACAUGUAAAAUAUGGAAAGAAGUUAAUUUGCCAGUCUAAAAAAAGUGACAAAUUCAUUAAUAAUAUAUUUAUUAUUUUC